UGCGGGAGAGAGAGGGCGAGCGGCGAGAUACUGCCGUCAGCUCCAUGCUCCGCGAGUGCGGGGAAGCGCGGGGGCGGGACCCACGCAGCCCCGGCCUCCCCGCCUCCCGGGCCGCAGGACUUCGCGAACACAUAGGGCGUCUAAUUUGCCCGGCGUUGGGGCGCGGACGCAAGGAGGCCGAGGCCGCCGGGGACGCUGGGCCGCGCGGCCCCGCGGUGGCCUCCCUUUGUGUGCGCCGGGUGUUGAUUGCCUCCUGGCUCCGGGCGCUCUGCACCUGCUGGCGGCGGUAGCAACAGCCCAGGCCGGCGGAGGCGCGGCGCGGCGGAGGGAGGACGGGAGUCAUUUGCAUUGCCAGCACGUGGGUGCCGUUCGCCGUCGCCUCGGACUUCUCCCGCGUUGUGCGCUCCCAGCGAGGAAGCAGGAGGCACUUUGCAGCCGACGAUGAAAUCUUGGCAGCUAAUUGCAGUCGUGGGAGAUGCCCUUCAGAGGAGCCGCUGUCCAACGCUAGCGCAGAGAAGGUGGCGGCGUUGCGCCUCCGGGCUGCUGAUUAGAACAGGGACUUGCGGCGGAUGGAAUCCGGGAAACGCGAAGCGGCGAUGGAGGGAUGCAGCUGCGUUUGCAGCCAGUGAAUGGGACACGGACAUCAAAGCAGACUGCGUGGAAAUAGAGGACAGAAAGGUUUCAAGGCAACAGAUGAAUUGUGAACGAGAGCAGCUCCGGGGUAAUCAGGAAGCAGCGGCUGCCCCUGACACGAUGGCCCAGCCUUACGCUUCGGCCCAGUUUGCUCCGCCCCAGAACGGCAUCCCCGCGGAAUACACGGCCCCCCAUCCCCACCCCGCGCCAGAGUACACGGGCCAGACCACCGUCCCUGAGCACACGUUAAACCUGUACCCUCCCGCCCAGUCGCACUCGGAGCAGAGCGCCGCGGACACCAGCGCGCAGACCGUGUCCGGCACCGCCACACAGACAGAUGAUGCAGCACCGACGGACGGCCAGCCCCAGACACAGCCUUCUGAAAACACAGAAAACAAGUCCCAGCCCAAGCGCCUGCAUGUCUCCAAUAUCCCCUUCCGGUUCCGGGAUCCGGACCUCCGGCAAAUGUUUGGUCAAUUUGGUAAAAUCUUAGAUGUUGAAAUAAUUUUUAAUGAGCGCGGCUCAAAGGGAUUUGGUUUCGUAACUUUCGAAAAUAGUGCCGAUGCGGACAGGGCGAGGGAGAAAUUACACGGCACCGUGGUAGAGGGCCGUAAAAUCGAGGUAAAUAAUGCCACGGCUCGCGUAAUGACAAAUAAAAAGACCGUGAACCCCUAUACAAAUGGCUGGAAAUUGAAUCCAGUUGUGGGUGCCGUCUACAGUCCUGAGUUCUAUGCAGGCACGGUGCUGUUGUGCCAGACCAACCAGGAGGGAUCUUCCGUGUACAGUGGCCCCAGUUCACUUGUAUAUACUCCCGCAAUGCCCGGCUUCCCGUAUCCAGCUGCCACCGCGGCGGCCGCCUAUCGAGGGGCGCACCUGCGAGGCCGCGGCCGCACAGUGUACAACACCUUCCGGGCCGCGGCGCCCCCACCCCCGAUCCCUGCCUACGGCGGAGUAGUGUAUCAAGAGCCUGUGUAUGGCAAUAAAUUACUGCAGGGUGGUUACGCUGCAUACCGCUACGCCCAGCCCACCCCUGCCACUGCCGCUGCCUACAGUGACAGAAAUCAGUUCGUCUUCGUUGCAGCAGAUGAAAUUUCUUGUAACACCUCUGCAGUUACGGACGAGUUUAUGCUGCCGACCCCUACCACCACACACUUGCUCCAGCCCCCACCUACGGCGUUGGUGCCAUGAAUGCUUUUGCACCCUUGACUGAUGCCAAGACUAGGAGCCAUGCUGAUGAUGUGGGUCUCGUUCUUUCUUCAUUGCAGGCUAGUAUAUACCGAGGGGGAUACAACCGUUUUGCUCCAUACUAAAUGACAAAACCAUAGAAUCCUUCCAAUGUGGGGAGAAAGGAAGCUUUCCGAGGCCUGAGUAUUGCAAUACAUGCAGUAGUGAAUCAUUUUAGCAACUCUAAAAAAAAAAAUAAAAAUAAAAAUAAAAAGAGGAAAAAAAUUACAUUUUUUAUCUUAUACCUCAGAUAUUUUGUUUUGUGUAUUUUAAUAUUGUGGGUCUUUAAUUUCCGAAGGUUCCGUAGUUUGGUUGCUGGCUGUAGGAGUUUUUGUGGUUGAUCUAGAGAGACGCUAGAUAUGAAUAAAAACUGGUUUAGGGCCAUAUCCAGAGUGCUAUAUUAUGUAAAUGAAUUAUAUAUGCCGAAUAUGAAGCUACUGGGGUUAAGCUGUUUGGGAAGAGUAUAAGUGGCUACAGUAGUCCUUCUUUUCUGCAUCUGCAUUAUUUUAUUUUGUGAAAGGGAAGGUUGGGAGGGGCUUGGGGUGUGGAACUCGGGGUUUGGCUGAAAGGAAAAUAUAGAGUAAGAGAUGACUCUAAAUGACCCACGGCACCAACCGUCAUACAUCAGUGGUUCUAAGUUACCCAUUGCCAGUUCAAGCCAAAGGUCAUGUGGUUCAGGGGCUGCUUCUAGUGGCACUUGGGCGACAGAGUCGAACGAAGCUGGGCAAACCCACUCUUUAAACCAUUCCACCCAGCCGCUAGUUAUUUAGGCAGAAGUUACUAGUUAGGCCAUCAACAAGCAUUCUUUUUAUAUUUCUUCCAGUAUAAUAAAUUAUUGAUAUCAUUGCUGACUUUUAUAUUAUGGGAGGGAAAAUAACAUUAAUAAAAUGGUGAUAAAAAGCACUGUUUCUAUUUUUUUCUUUUUUUCCAAAAAAAGAAAGUAAUAAAAACUUAAAUUCUUUGUACCAGUUAAAAAAAAAUGUAUAAAAUUUACAUCUGUGCAGUGGAGUUGUUGAGUUCUAGAAGCAGUCUAUGAAGUUUUAGUUUUAGCUUAGUAGAACAACUGUUAGAGACAGACGUAUAAUUUUUAUGGAAUUACACGAUAAUCAUAUUCGGAUUUAUAGACGCAUUUUACAAGUAUUGCAAUCAUCGAGUAGAGAUAAUCAUGGUAUUUUCAUCAGCUUGGUACUUUUUGAAACAUGACUGCGUUUUGUGAGCAAUCUGCAAUUUUUCAGUCCGUGGGAACCUGCCCUUCCACCUCUCCCCCACACCCCAGGAAUAUCUUAAACCAGUAUCUUUAGUUCUGUCUCCAAGGCCCAGGACAUUUGUCAGAAGGAAGCAAAAAAAACUAGAUCCACCCUCUUCAUCCCCCAAAGAGCAAAGUCCCCCACCCUUUCUGGGAUGCAGGGCCAGAGGGACACAGCCGGAAAAAUUGCAGUUUGUCUACUUCUUCUGUUCGAACUCUCCCAUGUUGUCCUGUUUACAAGUUAACCUAAGUUGGGGUAUCUGUCACGGGUCUUCCUGUUUUUGUAUCUGAAUUAAACGACAAGCAGCAGCAAGCUGUCCCCGAGUAGUUUUGCUGCCAUCCUUAAACCCUCACAUGUGCGGUGCCGGCCCCUGGCUGACACUUUAGUGUUAUCAACUCUCCGCUGUGAACCUGCCAAUCUGCUGUAACAACUCUGCUUUAAGACAAAACCAAACAAAACUUUAAAAAAAAAAAAAAGUGUUUGUGAUCCAGAGCUUCUCCUUGUCCUCUUAUGUGCAUGCUGUAAGAUCAGUUGGAUAUUAAAC